UCACAGCCGCGUAACUGUGGAGAGUAAUGGCAUGUGUGUAGUGCUGAGAUCUUCACAAACCUUCAUACGCUGUGGAAAUUAUCGUAGUCUUGGCUUAACUUCUGUAGCUCUUCGAAAGGCAAACUGGGAGAAAGACACGUGGAGAAAAAUAAGCAGUGUUCUGAAAUUCUAAUUUUAAAUUGUCAUAAGGACAUAUUUCUUCUUUCCAGUCGGGAAAGGCAAUUUUUACUGGACAUGUAAAUUAAAGGAGUUAGCCCCUCACCAAAAUGAAGCUAGCCGUUUCCCUGUCUUGCUUCGGCUUUCUUUCGACUUUAAUGGUGCUUCGUGUGAGAUCUUCACAGUCAGUUUGCACUGGUACUGAAAACAAGCUGAGCACACUGUCGGAUCUGGAGCAGCAGUACCGCACCCUGCGCAAGUAUUACGAGAACUGCGAAGUUGUAAUGGGUAACCUGGAGAUCACUAGCAUCGAUCGAAAGCGUGACCUCUCCUUCCUAACGUCCAUCCGAGAGGUGACAGGCUAUGUUCUGGUGGCACUGAACCAGUUUGAGUACUUGCCUUUGGAGAACCUGCGCAUCAUACGGGGCACCAAGUUGUAUGAAGACCGUUACUCCCUGGCCAUCUUCCUCAAUUAUCGCCGAGAUGGCAACUUUGGCCUGAGACAACUGGGUCUCAAGAACCUCACAGAGAUCCUUAACGGUGGCAUCUAUGUGGACCAAAACAAGUUCCUGUGCCAUGCUGACACAAUUCACUGGCAAGACAUCGUCAAGAACUACCGCUCUGAGCUACUGGUGGUGCCCACAAACAGCAGUGCAGGAUGUGGACGGUGCCACAGAACAUGUAACGGUCGCUGCUGGGGCCCCCGGGAGGACCAGUGCCAGACCUUGACGAAGAUGAUAUGCGCUGAGCAGUGUGAUGGCCGCUGCUUUGGCCCUUACGUCAGUGAUUGCUGCCACAGGGAGUGUGCUGGGGGCUGUUCUGGCCCCAAAGACACUGACUGCUUUGCCUGCACAAACUUCAAUGACAGCGGCGCCUGCGUCACCCAGUGCCCCCAGCCUUUUGUCUACAACCCCACAACCUUCCAACUGGAGCACAACCCCAAGGCAAAAUACACCUACGGGGCAUUCUGUGUCAAAAAAUGUCCGCAUAACUUUGUUGUAGACCACAGUUCCUGUGUGCGCGCCUGUCCCAGCAAUAAAAUGGAGGUGGAAGAAAACCGCAUCAAAAUGUGCAUUCCCUGCACUGAUAUAUGCCCAAAAGCAUGUGAUGGCAUAGGAACUGCCAGCCUACAGACAGCACAAACCGUGGAUUCAAGCAACAUCGAUAAGUUUCUCAACUGCACUAAGAUCAAUGGCAACCUAGUCUUCCUCAUCACUGGCAUCAAAGGGGAUGUGUAUCAUGGCAUUCAGGCACUGGAUCCAGAAAAGCUCAAUGUGUUCCGCACAGUCAGGGAGAUCACAGGUUUUCUGAAUAUCCAGUCCUGGCCAGAGAACAUGACAGAUCUCAGUGUGUUCUCCAACCUGGCCAUCAUAGGAGGAAGGGCUGUCUAUAGUGGAAUCUCCCUAUUGAUCCUCAAGCAGCAGUGGAUCUCCUCCCUCCAGCUACAGUCCCUGAGUGAGAUCAGUGCAGGAAAUGUCUACAUUACCAACAACAGCCAGCUCUGCUAUUACAACACAGUAAAUUGGACCCGCCUGUUCCGAACUAGCAGCCAGAAGGCCUUGAUACGCAACAACCGUGACCCAAAGGAAUGUACCCAGGACCAGAUGGUGUGUGACCCACUGUGCUCUGAUGCCGGCUGCUGGGGUCCUGGGCCAGCCCAGUGCCUGUCCUGCCGAUUUUUCAAGAGGGGUCGCCAAUGUGUGGAAUUCUGCAAUCUGUAUGAGGGGGAUAUCCGCGAGUUCGGCAACGGUUCUGUGUGUGUGGAGUGUGACAGCCAGUGUGAAAAGGCUGACGACAACGCAUUGACCUGCCACGGCCCGGGCCCUGACCAGUGUGUAAAAUGUGCACACUUCAAAGAUGGUCCCAACUGCGUAGAGAAAUGCCCAGAUGGUCUACAAGGCGCAAGCAGCUUCAUCUUCAAGUACGCUGAAGUCAACAAAGAGUGCCGCCCCUGCCACUCUAACUGUACCCAGGGGUGCCUUGGGCCACGGAUCCAAGACUGUGUGGGGAUGAUGGACAGGACCCCCCUUAUUGCAGCUGGGGUGAUCGGGGGUUUGUUUGUAGUAGUAAUAUUAGCCAUGAGUAUGGCUGUCUGCGUUCGCCGCAAGAGCAUCAAGAAGAAGAGGGCCCUGAGACGCUUUCUGGAGACAGAGCUGGUGGAGCCCCUCACACCCAGCGGAACAGCCCCAAACCAAGCUCAACUACGCAUACUGAAGGAGACAGAGCUAAAGCGACUGAAAGUGUUGGGGUCAGGGGCCUUCGGAAUUGUCUAUAAGGGUAUCUGGGUGCCUGAGGGGGAAACAGUAAAGAUUCCUGUGGCAAUAAAGAUACUGAAUGAGACGACGGGACCCAAGGCCAAUGUGGAGUUCAUGGACGAGGCCCUGAUCAUGGCCAGCAUGGACCAUCCUCACCUGGUGCGACUUCUGGGUGUCUGCCUGAGUCCCACAAUCCAGCUGGUAACACAGCUCAUGCCCCAUGGAUGCCUACUGGACUAUGUGCAUGAGCAUAAGGACCAUAUUGGCUCCCAGCUGCUACUUAACUGGUGUGUCCAGAUUGCCAAGGGAAUGAUGUACUUGGAAGAGCGUAGGCUGGUGCACAGAGACCUGGCUGCCCGCAAUGUGCUGGUGAAGUCGCCCAACCACAUCAAGAUAACUGACUUUGGGCUUGCUCGGCUUCUGGAUGCUAAUGAAAAGGAGUACAACGCAGAUGGGGGCAAGAUGCCCAUAAAGUGGAUGGCUUUGGAAUGCAUCCACUAUAGGAAGUUCACUCACCAGAGUGAUGUGUGGAGCUAUGGAGUGACCAUAUGGGAACUGAUGACAUUUGGGGGGAAGCCCUACGAAGGGAUUUCCACCCGUGAAAUCCCAGACAUCCUAGAGAAAGGGGAGCGGCUACCUCAACCCCCAAUCUGCACCAUUGAUGUCUACAUGGUCAUGGUCAAAUGCUGGAUGAUUGAUGCAGACAGCAGACCUAAGUUCAAGGAACUGGCAGCAGAAUUUUGCAGAAUGGCUCGAGACCCACAACGCUACCUGGUUAUUCAGGGUGAUGACCGAAUGAAGUUGCCUAGCCCCAAUGACAGCAAGUUUUUCCAAAGUCUACUGGUUGAAGGCGAGCUUGAUGACCUGAUGGAUGCUGAUGAGUACUUGGUACCACAUACCUUCAAUGUGCUCCCACCAUCUUGUACAUCCCGACCCCAAGCCGACACAAAUCGGAACCAGUUUGUCUACCAAGAUGGGACCUUUGGUACUGAGGAGAUGAUAGGUCAACCUCAAGAGGGACUUGCUCCAUACAGAGUCUUUACUCAGCAGCAUCCAGGGGCCCAGAGCUUGAUCCAGGAGGACACACGCUGUAAUGGUUCCUUACUCAAACAGACUUCACCUCAGCCUGGGGAAGACAGCAGCCUCCAGCGCUACAGUGCUGACCCCACAGUAUUCCUGCCAGAACGGAGGCCAGGGAGGGAUGCAGAUGUGGAUGGCUACAUGACGUCAAAGCAAGACAAAGUCUCCUCAGAUUAUAUCAAUCCAGUUGAGGAGAAUCCCUUUGUGACACGCUGUAAAAAUGAAGAUAUACAUGUACUGGAUAACAUUAGGUACCAUGGUGCCCCCAAUGGGCAGACUAAUGUAGAGGACGAGUAUGUCAAUGAGCCCCUCUACCUCAAUACUUUCCAUAACCUGGGAGAGCAGAGUCAAGAGACUGUGAAUAAAAGUAGGGUUCUUCCUCAUACUGCAGCAUCCACUUUGGCUAUUAGCCAAGCACCACAGCCUGGUCAGGCUACUCACCCCAAUCUCCUACCACAGUCAAGCCAUGCUCACCACCCCACCCAACCCAGUUACAAAGCUCUGCCUAACCAUUCCAUCCACAAUGGCAACCCCAGUCAUCGAAGUCACGGUUUCUACCCAGAACACCUUGGAUAUACCUUACAGCCAAAUUAUACCGCCCACCCUACCCACACUGGCACCAUAAUGGUGGACAAGAAGCCUAAGAAGACCUUUGACAAUCCUGAAUACUGGCAACACAGCCUUCCCCCCAAGGCCAGCCUGCACAACCCAGAGUAUCUGCAGGAAUGUAACACCAAGUUCUUAUACAAACAGAAUGGCCAGAUUAGGCCUGCAGUAGCUGAGAAUGCAGAAUACCUGACAGAGUUCCCCGUCAAGCCUGGGCCAAUGUUGCCACCACCACCCUACCGACAACGGAACACUGUGGUGUAACAGUUGGGGUAGGAGACGACCUCAUGCUCUCUUCACUUUUUCUUCCAAAAACACUUGACACUUUAACAAUCCUGCCUCCUCAAAACUGGAGUGAGUCAACAUUAUGAAUCUCCACCCAACUCAACUGGAAACACACCAUCUAUAAGAAAGUAUUCUCUAAAGGAGUACUAUCGUAACUAUGGGUCAGGCACUUCCACCUCAAUCCCUCUUUUCCUAUACAGAAAACACCCUUCAUACAUUAGUCAACUACUCCCUUAUUUCAAUACUCUUUUGUUUGGAAAUGGGCACUUGUCAAAUUGUUCUGUCACAUACCAUUUGCAAUUUCUUUCCUCAUUUAAAAUUAUAUUGGUAUAAAAGGGAUAAAAAUCAAAGCAAUGUGACAGUUGUGGGGGUGGCCAUUUGAUAUAAGACGCAUGCAUUAUUACAUAUGGAAGGUUCAAGGGAAUUUUAUGAUAACCUAGACAGGUUUGUGGAUCCUGUCAGCUGUGAUGGAUUACACUGAGAAAAUAUUCAGCAUCAUGCCAUUCAGCAUCAAUAUAUUUUACACAUAUCCACAUUGGCGUUUCUAUUUUUUCUGAUGUAAUCAAAUAUGCUUUUGUUCGCAUCUUAUUUAAUGCUACUGUAUGUUUUAAAUGCAAAUAAUUUUAUUUAUGUGUAUCUACCAUUACAGUCAACAUGCUUAAUCACAGUGGAUAUAAUGCCUGUUCAUGCAGUAUGGCUAAAUUUUUAUAUAUCCUGUUGUAAAUCUACUUAUUAUACAUUGUCAUCUGCAGUAUUGUUCUUUGCUUUGUAUCAUAAAUAUUUUUCAAAAUCUGAAAACACUGAAAAAUACAGGAUUUACACUUGGGGUUGACACUGACAUAGGGCCAUGGCAGUAGCAAUUUCUUUUGAUUUUAGGUAAAAAAAAAAAAAAAAAGCAACAAUUGAACAAAAACUGAUGAAAGAACACAUGUAGGUCAUAUUUUCAGUGGAUUCUGAUAGCUUCAAAUCAUUCUUAUCAUUUAAUUGACAAAUAGAGGCUUGCUUUUUGAAAUUGUUUUUGUCUUAUUAAAGCAAUACAACAACGGACUUACAUGGCUUACCGAAAAUAAAAAGUACACAUACACAAAAGCAGCUGCAUUGAUAUAGUAUUUGAAUUGGAUUGUUCCCUACUUUAAAAAAAGAUUAUGAAAAUGCUUUCAGCAGAGCUUCUGACCAUAAGAUACACACUAAGUGUGCAGGAGGUCGAGACUAUUCUGGCCCAGAAGAGUUGCAGCAGUAGUUCAUAAUAAUGCCUUUGGCUAAUUGUGAUAAAAUAAAUAAAUGUAUAAAUUAGAACUUCCCAUAUAUGGGAAAUCUGAGCUCUUCAGUGGAUAUGAGAAAUAUGCAAUAUGAAAUAUGAGAAAAUAUAGUCAUUUUACAGUGCAAUAAAAGAUUUAGCUGACCGUUUUUAACUUAAUCUGGAUGUCCUAAUCCAGCAGAUUUAAUUCAACACGGACAACUAUUUUAUUUUAAUUAUAAACAAUGAAAGUAAUAAUGUAUUACAUAUGACAGCAGCUUUUAAAUAAAUUCCAUUGAUAAAACAAGAAAUAUUAAUGCAGUCAAACGUACACUUUUUAUAAACUCUAAAAGAAAAAAGAACUCAUGUUGUAGGCUAUUAGAUUUACUUGUGUUUGAUAUUGACAAAUAAUUUAAUUACCACCAUAUUAUCACCACAUAAUGUGUCAUUUAACCAUAAAAAUAUCAACAGAAAACUAAUCUCAUUCCACUUAUUUAUGAGAUAUACUGGCUUCAUCAAUAAAAAAUGUAUAAAGAAUAAGAAAGGUUGAAAAUUAUUUUAAAAUUUUAAAUUUUUCAAUGACAUUUUGUUUCAGAGGAAGCACGUUUUGGUAAACAGUGUCUGUGUGAGCAUAAUGAGGCCUGAGGAAUGUUAGAAUGUUAAGCCUUAUGAUUUCAAACUGAUUUUAUUUUCAGAGAUAAAGAUGAUCCAUAGCACAAAAAGUUGUGAAAUCAGGGAACUGAUUGACAAAUGUACACAUUCACUUUACUAUGUGUUUACCAAUGGGAUACACACAGACACAGAUAUUCCAGGGAGGACCUUCUGGCUGGAACUAAGCACCUUCACUUUUGCCAACUUAUCAUUGGGUGCUGAAUAGCCCAGGAUGGUGGCUUAAUGGCCAGGUCAGAUGUCUUCAUUCUUUAUGUGGCAUUAAUAAAUGCAAUUAAAAGAAACAGCCUAAGUGGAUGGUAAAUAAAUUUAUUAAAUAUUAAGAAAAAUUGUCUGGCUGUCCCAAGCCUGUACUCUAUGGUCGAUGUUGAUUUUUUGGUAUUAUUAUUAUUUGUUAUUGUAUUUAAGACAUGCUUUAAGAGUUCAUGUUUCAUCAUAUUGUUGUAGACUUAGUCCAAAAAAAGCAAUAUACUGUAGUGUUUGUCACCAGAGCCCCAAGAAUGAGUUCCUCAGGUUAAACAUACAAACACAUACUCCCCCUUCAUUUAUAUUUGGCAGCUAAACAGCUAUGGAUUUAAUUUUGCUGUGUAUCAGGGAGAUAUUUAGUGAGCCUUGUCACCAAGUUGACCAUGUUGAACUGUCAGAGAAACUUAACACUAACAUUUUCAAUGAGAAUUCAAAAGCAUACAGAAAAUGUAUGUAGCAUACUAUGUCAUGCACUAGGAAUUUUGUUGGUUUCAAUAGAAAAUAUUAAUCAAGGACCAACAUCUCGGCAAUUCAGAUUCAUGAAAAAGUAAGAUAAGAAAUGUAGGAAUAAAGAAAAGACAACUUUAGUUGUAAAUUACAUUAUUCCACAUCAAACGUUCACAGUAACGAUUGCCUAAUGGGAUCUGGCUCCUGUUAUUCUGUCAAAAUCAUUUUGACCAUUCAUAUUAACUUUAUAUUGUAGAAAUAUGUGGAUUGUUAGUAAGAACAGAUUGUGGUUUGUCUUAAUCAUAACUACAGUUUAUAAUACUUAUUUCUUUCAGUAAUGUUGUGGAAUGGCAAUAGAUGGGUCUUUGCUUAUAGUCUUUUUCCCAAAAUCGAUUACUGCAUAUUAGUGGUUUAAUUUUGUACUUAAGCUUUUAAUUUAUAAGUAAUAAUCAAGUACAGUAAAACCUCGGAUUGCGAGCAUAAUUCGUCCUGAAAACGUGCUUGUAAUGCAAAGCAAUGUAUAUCAAAGCUAAUUUUCCCAUGAGAUAAUGGAAACUCAGAUGAUUCGUUCCACAAACCAAAAAUAUUCAUAUAAAAAUUAUUAAUACAAAUAUAACGUAAAAAUACAUAAAACGAAUUAACUUGCACUUUACCUUUGAAAAGAAUCAUGGAUGGAGUGAGGUAGACGAAGAGGAGGGUUAUUUUGUAGGACGACUUUCACUAUAACAGAAUCACUGCUAUCUGUUGGCUCACUGGAAUCUUUUGUUUUUGUGCGACUUUAACAAGGAACCUAUCCAAUGACAGUUGCUUUUGCCUCCUUUUCGAUUUUGCGGAAAUGUGGACAUUACAUUGUCGUUAAACAGAUUCAUAGCUGGCACUGCUACGCCCUUAUUCGGCUAGUGCUUUUCUACAAAAUUUUGACUAUACAAGUGAGGCGCGCCGACCGAGACCAAGCGUGGGAGACGAUUACCCACAAUCCCACACCGAGAGAGAGAAGAACCAUUGGCUCAGUCGUGAUCACGUGACGCUAGGCAGAUAAAGUGUAUACGUAAUACUCGUAUUGCAAGACCUCGCUCGUUUAUCAAGUUAAUAUUUAUUUAAAAAAUUUUGCUCUUCUUGCAAAACACACGCAAACCAAGUUACUCGCACGAGGUUUGACUAUAAGCAUCUCAGACAAAUUUAUAUUUAAGGCAUAAAUGAAAAUGAUACUUUAAUAAUUUUACAAUGAUUUAUUUUUUAAAUGCUUUUUUGAAUGUAAAUUAAAAUCGGCUUUUUGUGUUUACUCGUCAAAGAAGAAAAUUAUCAAAUCUGCAAACAUACAUCCUGGAGAAAUAACUGAAUAUUGUUUACAACAUUGUUUAUGAUACUGGAAUUUUUUUUUCUUUUUUAUACAGAUAUUUGCAAUGGUUGUUAUGAAUGACAUUGCUGUAUGUUAACAAAUGUGAAUAAUAUUUUCAUAGUGAAGAAUCAGCCAAGGGAAUUUGUAAAAUGAAAAAAAAAAUGUUGCUUUUGUACUUCUGUAUUGUUGUUGUUUUUUACCUUUAUCCGAUUAAGUUUAACAUAACUCUUGUUUCUGUAUA